CUUUACAAAUUAUAUAUAUUUAACGUAACCCAUGGGAGUAUGAGUCCAGUGUGUUGAUAAUGGGUCAGAGUGAGGUAAGUCUAGGUAAGCAGUGUAUUAGCAUGAUGAGAUUCGAUAAUGCACCUUUCUGGUCGCUGUCCAUACUGAAUCGACACGGAUAUACUACAAUAACAUCGAAUCACCGCGUGCUGUAACCCGCAUGUCCGUCUGUUUACUCUCACCCAGACAGAGAAAAACAAUAAACAACAGCAGAGUCCACGGCCAGACUUACUCCUUAGUGCGUUUUUGUUUCAUCAAAGAACAACGACGUACAUGAAAACUCCAACUAUAGGAAGUCUAAUACUGGGUGUGGAUUCUAUUUCUUUUUUAAAUGUGAGCACGGUUUCUCUUGACAAUAAUCUUAGUGACAAAACAUUGUUAUCGUUGACUUGGUAUGUGAAAUGCCUUCAAAGAAAUAUCAACGGAUAAUCAUGAUCCUGGAUUUUGAUACAGAUCGUUUUCAACAAUUUUUCAUCGGAUUUAGCAAUGCAUGAAGAGAUGUAGAUUUGGUGUUUCGUUGGAUGCUUUGACAAAUCAUACCGCUGAUAGUUUUGGCGACUAUUUCAUCAUGGACCCAGACGAAACCACCACCCAAGAUUACGUCACACAGGUGACCGUGAACUAUACUGGUUCCUACGAGAACGUUACCUCCAUCCCGGAUAACCAUUCGAACUCGAGUUACAGUGAGCAACUUUUAUUGGAUUUCAACGCCGAAAUUUUUCACCGGCGUCUUCCAAACACCAUUCUCAUCUCGGUUAUGAUGAUUCUCGGUGUCAUCGGAAAUUUCGUUGUCCUUUACGUUUAUUUCACCAGAUUAAACCGUAAAAACGUCGAACGAUAUUUUGUUCCGUUUCUAGCUGUAGUGGACUUUGCCGCCUGUGUCAUAGGGCCUACCUUUUCUCUUCUGGAAAAUGUGUACGCAGUUAUCUUUCCUUCUAAUCUCCUCUGUAAAACCAUGUGGUAUACAACGAGUCUGAGCAGUGGACUUUCAAUUUCUGUUUUAUCUAUCAUCGCUAUAAAUCGCUAUCUUAAAUUGUGUAGACCCCAUGGGAGACAGUUAACCGUGUAUCACAAGAGAAUGUUUAUGGCAGCCAUGUUCACCAUAGUGACUCUCAUUCUAAUACCUAUGGUUUUCUUUGUAGAACUACAAUACAUCGAUUUAGUUUAUAAAAAUGAUCACGUUUUAGGAAUAACUUGUGCUCCCCACAAUCCUCGGCAAACACUCGGAGAAACAAUCUACUUCGGAUGCAUGUUUGGGGUUAUUUCUAUCAUCAUUAUAAUCACAGCGGGGCUUUAUACAGCUGUUGGGAAGGUGGUGUUCGAAAGGCUCAGAAAGACGAGAAAAGGAUCCGUUCCGAGUUCAAUACAACCUAGCCCGCGGUUUGCGCGGAACAACAAAGUGGGUAACGAUCGCAAAGACUCGGUGGCGUCGGUCCUGUCCGCCACUAACAAUGUUCUCCAAGAAACCAGGAGCCAGUUAGAUAUACGGAAAAAAUCUUCAGUAAAUGGCGUUCUGAACGAAAACAGUAGUAUACUAGAUACACGGAAAGAAUCUGCCAUGAAUGGUCAAGCGCUACAUUUACCCCGAUCUACCAAUGGAGCCUACAGGCAGUACAGAAUGAACUUCUACAUCAUGUUUUUGACUAUCUUUGUCUGUAACACAAUAUCGUUCGUUCCGUCCAUGAUUUACCUGUUUCUGCACGAACACGAUUUGUAUUUCUUUUUUAGACACGACGAUGCUGUUUUAAACAUUCAUCUGACCAUGCAAAGAUUGUACGUAACUAAUCACGUGCUCAACCCUUUCAUAUACGGGUACUUUGACAUCACGUUCCGGAAGCACGUGAUUGAUACGUUCCGAAGGGUUCCACCUUCCCCAACCGCUGUUAGACAGGUCAGCAGCGGGACAUAAAAACUCAACUGGAUACCCACUGGGUAACAUCAUACUCAGAAGUCUGUGAUUAUCGACGGAGUUCCCAAAAGCAAUGAAAAAAAGGAAAACAACUGUUGCACAAAUCUUUUUUUCAUGACGUAUAUAAUUUUCAAUUUUUAUUUUUCAUAUUUAUUUCAAUCUAAAAAAAAUCUUCUUGUUUGACUCGUAUUUUGUUCGUCUGAAAUAAAAUUUGUACCCACAAAUGUGUUGUAAUUCCAAUAUGAAAGCGCCCAGUGUCAUAUUUACCAUAUGUACAUAAUGUUUUUUAAGCCUUUUGUUUUCUCUCUCGAGAAUCAGGCUUUUUUAGAGUAAUAAAA